UGAGCGGCAGGCCCCACGCGCAAUGCCGCCGCCGGCUUUAACUCGUAACACCUAGCGCUCCCUUAGCCGGUAACGAUUGAUUAUAUCGAAAAGAACAGCUGAUCGCGUACAUGUUACUAUUACUACGUGCAACAUGAAUGUGUAUGGUUAACGGUUGAGUGUGUGCGUUCGUAGCGUGGACAGAGGGAAGUUGGAAAGAUGAGGCUCUGUACAUAUUUGCUGUUGAGUUUCUUGGCAGUGCCAGCAUCCCCAGAGCCUCGGCGGCUGACCAUCUCGGAGCCGCAGCAUCACGUGGAGUUCACCAAUGACACCGGCGUCAUUCUCACUUGCUCUACUAGAGGCCAGUACGAGUUGGACUGGCUUCUCGUAGACAACACGCCGGUGACGUCACUGGCUGGUCUCCGCAGGGUGCUGGCCAACGGAUCCUUGGAGUUCCCGCCCUUCCCGGCAGACAGGUUCCGACGCGAUGUCCACACUGCCACUUAUAGGUGUAGGUUAAGACUGAACAGCGGUUUUGCUGUUUUAUCCAAAAACAUUCACGUUCAUGCAAUACUAAACGUCCCAUGGGAGGUGCAUGUGUCAGAUGAAUAUGUGAUGUCGGGCAACGCCGCCAUAUUGCGCUGCGUGGUCCCGCCACACUACAGCGAACGAGUGCAAGAAACUGAUUGGUUCGCUGAUGAUGAAACUAGUGUAUUUCCUUAUUUAGGUUCAAAUUACGAACGCCUGGAUGAUGGCUCAUUGUACAUAAGUUCUGUGAGUCCAGAGGAUCGGUACACUGUGUUUCGGUGCCAGGUUCGAGAUAAAAUCACCAACAAUGUAUAUUCUAGUCAAUAUUUUGGUCACAUAAUAGUAACAGAGCCGAAAGGGGAGGUGAGGCCGCGAUUAGCUGUGGAAAUGCGUUCGCGGAGGGUGCAGGUGGGCCACGAUGUGCGGUUACCCUGCGCGGCACACGCUUGGCCAGUUCCUACUUACAGAUGGUUCCGCGAGCACCAUGAACAACUAAUACCUAUAGAGAAGACAUCAGUGUAUCCACGUACGAGGAUACUGGGUGGCUUACUGCGCAUACAAUCUGUGAAGAGGGAAGACGCAGGACGAUUCAUCUGUUGGCUUAACAACACUGCCGGCAGUGAUUCUGUCCAUAUUUCACUCAUUGUUACAGAACCAAUAUCCGUCCGAAUAAAACCAGAUUUACUACGAAUGAAACUAAACGCCGACAUAAGUAUGGAAUGCAAGGUAUCUGGCCAUCCAAUUGAGGUUGUAUAUUGGAUACAUGACGGAAAAUCCGUGAAGGACACAGACCGAAUACGUAUAUCUGAAGACAGGCUGAGACUACAUAUCAAAAACACGCAGGUCGUGGACCAAGGAAUUUAUCAGUGCUUCGCGAGUAGCACGAGGGACCAGGCUUAUGGGAUCGCUCAAGUUUUAAUUGAAGACAGCAAACGUGAUUCUGGAAACCGAUCCCGGCGAGCGCCCUUCGCUCGCAGCACGCACACACACGACGCCGAUUGGAAUUUUACUGGCAAUAGAGAAUCCAAGCCCGAGCUCGUCUAUUGGUUUUCCGAGCAAACUCUGCAACCCGGGCCGAGUGUGUCGCUAAAAUGCGUAGCAAUGGGGCAUCCUCCACCGCAAUUCAUAUGGACCUUAGAUGGGUUUCCUAUACCCACUAAUUCACGAUUCGUCGUCGGCCAACACGUGACGUUACAAGACGACGUCGUCAGUCACCUGAACAUAAGCCGAGUGACAGAGCAAGAUGGCGGCGAGUACGCAUGUGUUGCCAGCAAUACGGCUGGAAAAGCUAGCCACGCCGCGCGGGUCAAUGUAUAUGGACUGCCUUAUAUUCGGGAGAUGCCCAAAGUUACAGCUGUUGCGGGCAGUGAUUUGAAUAUCAAAUGUCCAGUAGCUGGAUAUCCGAUUGAAUCUAUCACCUGGGAGAGAGAUGGUCAAAAUCUUCCUCUGAACCGGCGUCAAAAAGUAUUCCCAAAUGGUACUCUGAUAGUGGAGCAAACACAACGUGGGGAAGACGCAGGCACUUACACCUGCCAAGCAACAAACCGACAGCGUCACGUGGCAAGGCGUGAAGUGGAAGUGCAAAUAUUAGUGCAGCCGAAGAUAUUGCCCAUCCAGCCUUUGACGAAUUUAUUGAGGGAGGGUAUGAGGGCGGCCAUUUCGUGUCAGAUAUUGGAGGGCGAUUUGCCGAUUGCGUUUCGAUGGGAGAAGAAUGGGCAGGCGGUGACGUCAUCGCCGUACGCGCCGAGCGGGAUAUUGACGCGGCGAAUGGACGAAUACAGCGCUUCGCUGGUGAUUGAGCACAUCACGUCGCAACACAGCGGCAAUUACACGUGCAUCGCUUCCAAUGUCGCCGGCUCGGAACGAUUCACCGUACCUUUGACUGUUAAUGUACCUCCACGCUGGCGCUUGGAGCCCAACGACAUAGCCGUAGCCGCUGGACAGGAUGUCACCUUACAGUGUCAAGCAGACGGCUAUCCGAAACCCAUCAUCACGUGGAAGAAGGCCGUGGGGAAAACGCCCGGCGAGUACAAGGACUUCAUGUUCGAAGGGAGCUCAAGGGUCCUAGAGAACGGGUCGCUCGUCUUCGAGCGAGUUGCGAAAGACAGUGAAGGACAUUAUUUAUGUGAAGCCAGGAACGACAUCGGCGCGGGUCUCAGCAAGUUAAUAUUCCUGAAAGUGAAUGCCCCCGCCCGGUUCCCCGUAAAGAGUAAAACCGUUCAAGUAACAGCUGGGGAAGCAGCACAUCUGCAGUGCGCGGCAUCUGGAGACGCACCGCUCGAAGUUACGUGGAGAAGCCCUCAUCAUCACACUAUAGCACAUCAUUUGGAUCAAAGAUACACAAUCCGCGAGCAAGUCCUGGACGACGGGCUAGUAUCAGAGCUCAGUAUAUUACAAACAUACCGACAGGAUACCGGCGCGCUCACCUGCCGCGCCUCCAACGCGUACGGGCAGGAUGAAAUGCUCAUACAUUUGCUUGUUCAAGAGGUACCAGAAAUGCCAAAAAACAUAAGAAUAAUCGACCAGCAAUCGAGGUCCAUACAAAUAUCGUGGACACAACCCUACGCAGGCAACAGCCCUAUCAUUAACUACAUCGUUCAGUACAAGGAAGCACCAGAACCAUGGCCAACCACACCACAAAAAGUAAUAGUUCCUGGGAGCGUAACAUCAGCGAGUGUACAGAACCUCCAGCCAGCCACGUCCUACCACUUGCGUAUCAUCGCUGAGAACCGACUUGGCCAGAGCGAGCCGAGUCAACUCGUCCAAGUUACUACUACUGAAGAAGUUCCCAGCGGACCUCCGCUAGACGUGAGGGUAGAAGCGAAAAGUUCCACGGAACUAAUCGUCACUUGGGAUCCGCCGCAGAAGGAUUUAUGGAAUGGAAACAUUCUUGGUUAUUAUGUCGGAUUCCAAGAGCUAAACAACAACAGCAGCGUGCUGAGCGCCAGCGGUCCCGGCGGCGCCUCGUACACGGUGCGCACGGUGGAGGGCGCCGGCGCCGCCCGCGCGCGCACCACGCUCGCCGGCUUGCAGAAGCACACGCCGUACGCGGUCGUGGUGCAGGCGUACAACAGCAGGGGCGCUGGGCCGGCCUCGCCACCCACUACCGCCGUUACUAUGGAAGAUGUGCCGAGUCUCCCGCCCGGCUCGCUGCAGUGCACGGCGCUCAGCUCGCAGUCGGUGCGCGUGAGCUGGGAGCCGCCGCCCGCGCGCGGCCGGAACGGCGUGCUCCAGGGGUACAGGGUUACGUACGCGCCUGUUACCGACUGGUAUGGUAGCGAAGACUCAGUAACAAAACAGAUAUCGGGCAUGCACACAACGCUAUCUGGGCUUCGUCGGUACACUAACUACUCCGUGACUGUGUGCGCAUUCACAGCGGCGGGGGAUGGAGUAAGGGCUGCACCUGUUUACUGUCAUACGGAAGAAGAUGUACCUUCUGCUCCCGCUGAUAUCAAAGCGGUGGUGUCAUCAAGAAAUAAGAUUUUAGUAUCAUGGCUUCCCCCGUCGAAUCCUAAUGGAGUUCUUGUGGGAUAUACACUUUACUUGAGCGUUAUUGAAGAUGGCAGAGAGGAGGGCACGCGCAAGCGCAUGCUGUCGCCGAGCACGCUGACCCACGAGACGUCGCGCUCGCCGGCGCGCGCCACGCACCAGUUCUGGGUGUCCGCCUCCACGCGCCUGGGCGAGGGCGACACCACGCGCGUCGUCACCGUGCUGCCUUCCGACUCGGUGCCGGCCAGAAUAACAUCCUUCAGUCGCAGCAUAGUCACUCCGUGGAAAGAAAAUAUCUCUCUAUCCUGCAAUAAAGUUGGAAUCCCAACUCCCACUACAACAUGGAGCAUGAACGGCGCUAUAUUAGAAUCUACAUUGCGGAAAAAUGUGACCAAUGAAGGAACUCUUAUUAUAAGUAUGACUCAAUACGCAGACAGCGGGAACUACACUUGCCUGGUAGAGAACCAACAUGGACAUGACGAGGUUACAUAUCUAGUGGAAGUGAAGGUUCCUCCGCAACCGCCUGUACUGGCUGUAGUGGAUUCUUAUGCGGAUUCACUUCAUCUGCAAUGGAGUGAUCAUGGAGAUGGUGGAAGUCCUAUAUUGGGAUACGUUAUAAAUUACAAACGCGAGCACGGCGAUUGGGAAGAACUGCAAGUGGAAGCCGGUACUUCGGAACACGUUCUCCCAAACUUGUGGUGUGGGACUCGGUACCAGCUAUACAUUACUGCUUUUAAUAGAAUUGGAACUGGGCUUCCUUGCGAUAUUGUGCAUGCUUACACAAAGGGCACUGUACCGGUAAAACCAAAGCACUCCCAAAUGAUAACGCUGAACACAACGACAGUGACGGUGUGGCUCGACUCGUGGGGCGAUGGCGGAUGCGGGAUCCUUUAUUUUGUUAUUGAAUACAGAGAACUUAGCCAGUCUCAGUGGCGCCUAGUGUCGAACAGCGUGCAAGCGACAGAGCGCGUGUUCAGCGUGAUGGGCCUCUCGCCCGCCACGCACUACCAGCUGCGCAUCACGGCGCACAACAACGCGGGCCACGCCGUCGCGCUCUAUAACUUCACUACGCACUCCUUGAGCGGCAUGCUAGAAGGAGAGAUAUCUCCCGCAGUACCGGCGGCAGGCGCGCGAUCUCUCGGCGGCGCACGAGUUUUGCUUCCUGCGGCUCUUUCCUUAUUAGUACUGGCAGCUCUUGUGGCUAUCGUACUGUUGGUCAGGAGGAACACCCCUCGGCACACAGAGAGCGGCGCCGAGACCGCAGUGGCGGAGAGUGGGGUCGGCGAGUCGCCCUCCGUCGCGCAGCUGCAGAACAAGGUCAACCGCUCCAACGACCACCAGUAUCUCGCUGCGCGGGCGCACCAUCCCAACCCGCCGCAUCAUUAUAAGCACGCGUCUAAUGAAUAUAUUGAAGAUAUCUGUCCUUACGCCACAUUCCAACUAACCAAGCCAAGCGCGUAUAGCGAGAGCAGCUACAGCGGCAACGUGUAUAGUGGACCUUAUCACUCAGUUCGGGGCUCCUUUGUGUACCAUGACCUCAAACAAAACGAUAAAUAUAAGGGAAAAGAGCCAGAAUAUACGAAAGUAAGAAGAAAAGGAAAUAGGCUGCGUGAUCCUCACUCUGAAAGUCAAGAGUCGGACAACUUGGGCUCGACGGACUCGGAGGUGAAGAAGAUACUAACGCUGCACCUGCCCAUUACAGAGUACGAGGACGACGCGAGCGACGACGCGAGCGCGCCGCACUCCGACAGCGAGCCCGCCGCGCGCCUGCGCCCCGCGCACCCGCCCACCUACCCGAGCGUAGAGCGCGAAGAGUCGUCCUCGUCGUCCGAGACGUCGGUGGGCGGCGCGGUGCGCAAGGCGUUCCCCUCGCGCAAGGGCAAGGCGGGCGUCGGCAAGCGGCACGUGCGCUCCUCCAGCGGGUACAGCAGCCACAACGACGAGACCACCUUCAGCAUAUCCAACUACCCGUCGUUCAACGAGCACAUCCACCCGCCGUCCCGCUUCUCCGACGACACGGAGUGCGAGGGGCACCACCGCCGCAAGCGCCACCUCGCGCACGCGGCGCACAACAACGACCCCAAAGUCUCGCGCGAAGCGUUCCAAAUCAACGUCUGAAACACACCCGCGACUUUUAAAAGCCGAAGUGUUCUCCCCCUCGCCGAGGACACUUAAUUUCGACUUUCAAAAGUUCGUCGCUCGUAGAGAACUCGAGGGAAAAAUCCCGUUUCGAUAACGAUAGAUUAAAUGUUAUAUCUAGGCCUAUAUAUUGAAGUGAUCUCUAAAAACUAUUUUGAUAAACACAAAUGAGUUAUUGACUAAUUCGUAUGACGCUUUAUUGAACCCUGCGAUGUUGCCAAAGUACAUGUUACUAGUCCUGUACAUACGUCUGUAGAUAGAUAGGUUUAGCCAAUUGACUAGUGCCACGUAACACAAUAAAAGAUUUUGUACUAUGUACUUAUUGAAAUAUUCGAAGUUUAUGAAUGAAUUAUUAAUGUGUGUAUUCAAAUAAUUUAUUCGUAGGCGUUUCACCUAAACCUUGUGUGAAAGAGAUUAAUCAGCGACUUGACGGAGUUAUCUAAUCAUAAUACUAACACUGCAUAUACAGUGAGAUUCAAAUUAUUUUAUCAUGUUGACCCUUCUAAUGGUAUCCCUUAUAAUUUAUACUCGUGUAUCGUAAAUAUAUACUCUGCUUCAUCAAAAAGCCCUGUUUUCGUUUCGAAACGAGUCAUUAAUGAAUCUGUUUCACUCGAAUCAACUAUCAGCUUCCGGCUCAUCGGCCCUUGUAAAUAUUGUUGUAAUAAAUGUAUUAACGAUUAUCGGAUAUUAUAACUAAGAAGAACAAUAAUUAAAAAUAAAAAAAUAUUUAUUAAACUUAAUGCCUUAUUGACCAAAGUCUUAAAACUAGUUACGGAUGUAAUUGAAAAAUCAUAUCCGAUAUAAGUAAUUGUUUGAUUGUUGUAAAUUUUAUGAAAACGAUUAGUUUUCAUUUAAAUCUAUCACUAUCUAAUUAUACUGUACCAAAUGUUAAUGAGAUUUUCAUAUAAAUAUGUAACAAACACUAAUCAUAAAAAAUAUGAUGUAGGUACGUUUCAAGCCGAUCGGUGACAUUUGUUCAAGUACUUUAAUAUUCUCUAUGCAACUCCUUGGGUGUAUGAUCUAUUUUAUUAGGUUUUCUUAAAUAUUAAAUACGGAAAUUUGUGCAGUGAACAAAAUCAAUUCAUUUGUACGUUUGCCUAUCAUUAAAUCGUAACUCGAUGUAAAAUUUGAUCAUAAUUAAGGAAUUAUACACGCUCUGUGGCUACAUUUGCGCGCGAAGAUUCGUGCCGAGUUGUCGCGCUGCAUAACUUGCAUGCGUUAUAUUGUCUCUAUGUUAACAUUACAUGGCGGGCGGAACUAUUUGAUGAUUCUUUUUUCAAAGAUUUUGCGUCUCGUUUUAUGGUCAGUUCUGACAAUGGCAUCCAUAUGUUCGUAAUGCGUUGCAACUGUCUGGCCAGGCAAAUUCAUCGCGUUAACAUGAAUAUACACAGAAGCACGCUAAUGUAGCCCCGGCGUUACAUUAUUAAACAAAUGACCAAAUCAUCAAACGCUUCGAUGUCUAAUUAUUUACUACAGAACAUUCAAAUUUCCUCUUGUUCGCUGGUAAUUUUUAAAUAACAAUCAGACAAGAUAUCCUAUAACUUAUAUUAUAUUCCUCAAAUAAUCUUAAAUAUUGCAUUAGUAAUACUUGAAACAAUCCUCAGUCGACAGUAACACGAGACAAUACACUUACCUAUAGUUUUUGGUAAAUACGGCAGAAAGUUAAUGUACGUGAAUGUAUCAAGUAGACAUAGUUUAUGAAUGUUGGUAACAUUUUGUAUUGGACCUUACACAAGAAAUAUUUGUUUAUUAAUUUCGUAAUUCCAAUGAAGACUGCCCUAUUUUUAAUUGAAAUCUAUUUUAUAUAUCUAGGCACAAAUACUUUUGCUAGUCAAUCGAAGUUAUACAUUGUGUAGUGUUAGUACAAUAUAUACUUAGUUUACUACUGCGGAUGUUAACAGGCAUUUAUCGACUGAACUGAUUUCGAUGUAAGUUUGAAGCGACUAAUUAUGACUUGAAUUGUAACAAAUCUUUGCUAUAGGUUAUUUCAAUCAAAACGUACUGGCACCAAUUGUUAUCUUAAUCUUCCUAAGAAAAUCUUAUCACUGUAUUGUUAUAUUUACAGUCAUGUUUUAAUUAAAGAAGAUGUUCCCAGACUAAGUCUUAUAUAGUAUAUUGUGAUUAGAAGCCUAGCAUUGAUUGUAACAUCAACACUGAUCGUUGCAGAUAAGUACAGUAACAACAGAGUUCGUUUGUUAUUUUCUUUUUAAAAUUUGCUACAAUUCAAGCUAUCCCAUAGCAAAUAUUCUUUCUAGUCACACCACCGACCUCUCACAACCGUACCAUAAUCGAUUUCAUUGCAGUAAAUAUAUUGCAAUAAUUAUACAACGAAAGUCGCAUCAUUCAAUCGACUGGCAAACAUUCCAAACAUGAUAUUAUUUCUAAUCAAUGUACCAUAUCAUUUUAGUAUUUUGUUAUAGAUACUCGUUUGUAAGUUAGUUAAUCAUGUUGUUACGAAUAUGUUUUUAUAACAAAUGGGUCAUUAGGCAGUAUGAUGUGAACGAAAAUAAAAAUUCAUUUAAUUGAA